AUGACAGUUUUUGCAAUUGAAAAAGCGAAGAAGACGUACAAGCUUAGUUCUGUCUUGAUAUUGCUCAUAGUGAGCAUUGUCAUCAGUUUCUCUAUCGGACUACUAGCAGGAUAUCUCGCAACCAAAGAUGAAGAGCAAGAUGUCAAGGAAACAACAAGUUACGGUGUCGAUGAUUUAUUGGAAAUAUUCAGUGCAGAGCACAUGAAAAAUACCGCAAGGUAAGAAAUUUAGAUCUUUCUUUUGCAUACGUUUGGUCGACCAGUUGAAGCUGCCUUAUCUAUUUAUUUAUUUAGCUUCGCCUUGAAAAAAACGUACAUAAUACAAGUACAACAACUCAUAUGCAUGAGACAGCACAAGAGGCCGGGACACCACAACAGUUUACCCUUAUCAGGCAUGAAUGAAUUGAGAACAGUUCAUAAAACUGUGGUUAUUAAAUAUUAAUAUUAACUUCCCGACAAGGGCCUAGCUCGAAACGUCGAUGUUUUACUUGUAUUUUAGAGCUCCCCAUAGCAUGAAUGAUUGAAACUUUUAUAUUAGUAUGUCAUUGUCUUCUACAUCACUAGGAAUGAACUAUUAAGCCUACAAAGAUUGAUUGUGAGUUCUUAUCCUGUAUCAUUACAAGAUGAAUCGAUCAAAAGUUCGUUUUCUUCCCAUAAAUUCCCCUAA